UUCAGCUGAAAAAGUUACACGCAAAUAACCUCAACUAAGAAGAUUCAGCGACCAUAUCGUCACUCAAUGCAGUGCAAUAAUAUCAUUUUUAUCUAGGCCAUGAGAAUAAUAAUUAAAAUUUUAUGAACUGUUGGGAACUGCUGGAAACUAUAUCCCUCGCUCUAUUUAAUUAGCAACGUACGAGCGAUCCAUCCGAAGAAUUGCUUCCUGAGCUAAGCAAGUGAUUUUCUAGAACAAGUUUAGCCACCUUUCUUUCUAAUUGCUUGAAGACAAUUAUUGCAACCUUAGCAGUGCUUGUACCAUUUGCUUUGGAAGUUGUAUAAAAACCUUGUAGUAUUUAAUUGUUUUGCCAUCAUUCGCCGAGUGAAACUCAGCAAUAGCGGAACAACAAGUCGAUUCCUUCUCCAAGAUGAAACUCAGGUUCGCUGUCUUUUUGGUGGAAGUGUCGUAUUCAGUUCGAGCUUAGUUUAAAGAAACUGGUGAUGAUAGUUUUGCUCAUCUAACGAAAACAUCAGAAGAAGAAAACUCGCCUGUGUCCCGCCUUAACAUUGCUGAAGACGCAGCGGGUAGACAGUCUUUGCCAAUGCUUCCUCAACCAAACCAGCUAUACGCCGUUCUCAGCAAUUGCAAUCUUCAAGCAGUUCCACUUCAGCCAUUUGCUACUGUAAAGAAUUCUGCCGCCGCUCUAAUGGGUUCCCCUGCACCAUGUUCGCUGUCGAUGAACUACCCCGCAACAGCAACAAUGACUUAUCCCGCUCCUUUGGCUGUUUGGCACCUACUCCUGCAACGCCUAUGUAUUCCGUCACUACCACAUCUACCUCUGUGCCAGUGAGUUAUUCGACUUCCGGCACGCCAACAAGCUACAACGCUGCUGGUACGAUGAGCUAUACCACUCGAACACCACCUGCCCCGGUAACAACCAGCUAUGUCACUACUGUAGUGAUGAACUACUCCAUGACUCAACUCCUUACUCUGGCACCUAUGACCUAUUCACAACCUUCGUUACCCUCACCUGCUUUAGUGGGCUAUCCUGCUCCCCCGGCAGCCAUGUCUUUGCCAAUUUGCUAUCCUACACUUUCAGCAUCUACAUCAGCACCUAAUGUAUAUCCUGUGACUACGGUACCUUCACCCGUAACUAUGGACAAUCCCGCACCAAUGGCAUCUCCAACUGCACCAAUGAGCUAUUCCGCACCUAUGGUACUUUAAUCCUUAUCCAUGAGAUCCUCUGCUCCACCGGUACCUACACAUGGAUCAACAGGCUAUGUCGCCCCUUUGGCACCUUCAGCAGUUGGCUAUCCUGCAUCAUUGGCACCUACACCGAUGGGGUAUGCCGCAAUUACGUCAACACCGUCAGCACCAACCAGGCUAUCCUACACCUUCAGUAUCUGCUUCUACACCAAUGGGUUAUCCUGCAACUUCGACCGCUACAUCCGCUCAGACAGGCAACCCUGCUUUCAUAAUUCCUACACCAACAAUGAUAAGCUCUCUUGCAUCUCCAGCAACUUUACCAGCUUCACCCAGCAUACUAAAUCUCCAGCAGCAAUGUCUAAUCCUUCAACUCCAGCAACCAUGCAAAUGCCAAUAGGUUAUACAGCAGCUCCAGCUCCUGUGCCUACCCCGAUGAUUAUUCUUACACCUUUGGCAGCUCCAUUGGCUUCUAUGGCCUAUCCUGCACUCCCGAUGCCUCCAUCUUCCCAGAUGGGCUAUUCUGCACCUUCUGCACCUUCUGCACCUUCUGCACCUUCUGCACCUUCUGUAUCUACAUCAAUAUUAACCUCUGCACCUCAACCAGGAUCAGUGGGCUAUGCUCCCUCUCCGGCAACUAUGCCUGCAGCAGUGAGCAAUUCUGUACCACUUGCCCCAAUAGCACCCGCAGCAAUGGGCUAUCCUGCAUCUGCAGUACCCAUACCUGCACUAGUGAGAUAUCCUGCGUUUCCAUCCAUGCAUGUUUCAGCGACAUUGCCUCCUCCCAGUCCGACGAGUUCCCCUAUUCCUGUAACCACUCCUCGUCCAUAUCCGAUCAAUGUCUCUUCAGUUUAUUAAUGAAACAUGGCCUUCCUUAAGUUGACAUGUAUGGUAAAUGAAAAACGUCGCAACAUUAAAAAAAAAGUAAAAUUACACAUGAUGACAUGAUA